UAGUCAGACUGUACGCAAUCACUACGUUGUUUGUAUGCUGCUGCCCUGAGGUGGCUAAAAGUUAGCUUACGGGUUACAGUUGGUGACAUAUACGCUACUUUAAAGGUGUAAUUUUCUACAAUAAGACUAAACUAUUGAAGCGGUACCUGUUAAAUACAAAGGCCACCUUCUGUUUCCAUUCAGUGGGUGUUUUGUCGUAGAAGGUUCGCCGUUAGCCGUUAGCCUAGGAGGCUAACUUUGUCCACAAUGGAGGGCAGCGCUAGCGUGAGGAAAUCGCUGUCCGGGACUCUCGUCCCUUCAGCGGUCACAACUGUGGCUCUCCGACAGCAGCCUGAGACGGACAAGGAGAAGCUGACGAGAAAGGUCCUCGAUGAAGAGGAGUACAUUGAGAGUUUAGAGAAGAUCAUCCAGAGGGACUUCUUCCCAGAUGUGACAAAAUUGCAGGCGCAGAAGGACUAUCUUGAUGCAGAGGAAAAUGGAGAUCUUGAGAGAAUGAGAGAGAUAUCCAUCCGAUAUGGAUCAUCUCUGACAAAAUCUACCCCACGAUCAACUGCACCUUAUGUGACACCAGCUAGUUUUGAGACACCAGUGGGUCGUUCAGGAUCUCCCUCCUCCACUCAUGGCGCUAAGGGUAUAGAUGGUGAGAGCAAGUAUGAUGAAAAGGAAGAGAAAGAGCUGCCUUGUCUGGAUCGCUUCCUCGCUAAAAAUACCAGCGAGGAUAAUGCAUCAUUUGAGCAGAUAAUGGAUCUAGCAAAAGAUAAGGAGAAGCUCAAGCACGCCUGGUUAUAUGAAGCUGAGGCUGAAUUCAAACAGCGCCAUGAAGAGCAACUUGCCUUACCAUCAGUGGAGAAGGCAGCUCUUGAAUGUGUCAAAGCUGGACUGGAAACAUGGGAGUACAAAGCGAAGAAUGCCUUGAUGUAUUAUCCAGAAGGUGUUAAAGACGACGAUGCUAUCUUUAAGAAGCCAAGGGAAGUAGUUCACAAGAACACACGCUUCGUUGGAGACCCAUUCAGCAAAGCUCUCAACAAAAGCCAGAUUCAACAGGCUGCAGCCCUCAAUGCACAGUUCAAACAGGGUAAAGUUGGCCCAGAUGGGAAAGAGCUCAUCCCACAUGAAUCUCCAACAGUCAACGGAUAUGGCUUUGAAAGAACGCCUUCCCCUGCACCUGGUGUCGCUGAGUCACCUCUCAUGACGUGGGGUGAGAUCGAGAGCACCCCGUUUCGUCUGGAUGGGUCAGAAACUCCAUAUGUCGAGAGGAACCACGGCCCAUCGUUUAAGAUUCCAGAGCCAGGAAGACGAGAGAGAUUGGGUAUAAAGAUGGCCAACGAAGCUGCUGCUAAAAACCGCGCAAAGAAGCAGGAGGCAUUGCGAAAGGUCACAGAGAACCUUGCAAGUCUUACGCCUAAAGGUCUGAGCCCAGCCCUCACCCCCGCCCUGCAGAGGCUUGUAAAUCGGACAUCCAGCAAAUACACGGACAAAGCCUUAAGGGCAAGUUACACCCCAUCACCCUCGCACAGAGUCCCUGGCUACAAGUCUCCCUUCGGUGGCCCGUCCACUCCCUCAGGAACACCAACGCCAAACAAAGCCAAGACGCCAGGCACUCAGGACCUCACUUCACUCACAGACAAUCUGCUGCAGCUUCCCAAGAGACGGAAAGCCUCAGACUUUUUCUAAGAAGGACCCUUUUCUCUGCUGGGAUCGUACAAAACACAGUUCUUAUAAUGUGGAGAACUUAAUUAUAACUUUAAAUACCGAGUUUUCUCGAAUUACAGAGCACAUCUUUGGGCUGGAUGACUGGAUAGAGGAACAUACAUUGGAUUUAAGAAUUUGUAAGGAUUUAUUUGUUACAUUUUUGCAGAGAUGGAUUAAUGUAGUUCACUGUAAAAUUCACUUUAGUGGCCAUAUUCUAUUUAAUUAAUUUUAUUUUUUUUUUAAGUUUUGUUUCAAAAAUCCAGUUUUUAUUGAUUUUUUUGUUCAGUUGUUUACACCCUUGCAAACUUUAGUUAUCCCUGCCUCAUACCCAGCAGCACAUGCUUAACUGAUAUUUUUAUUUCAUGAUUGUAAUCCAGCAGUUGUUUCUGAGAAUCACACACACAAAUGUGGCUUCAACACACAGCAUCCAAGAGCGGUCGCAUCUCAGUGUUUGAGUCAUUUCUAUGAUGCAGAGACAAAGUGUUGUUUUGUUACCUUAAAACAAGUUCAACUAAUCUCACUGUUUUGUGUUUGUGUCAAAAAUGGACUUCAGUCAGACAGCUCGCUGGCGUGGAGUUUAAAUGAUGAAUGUUUUUUCCAUGUUUCUUUUUGCCAUUUAUCCUUCAAGUUUAAAAUUGAAAAUGCAACAAGCAGAGCUGGAUUCAGCAACAUAAAACUGGACCACCUUUUUUAAAAAAAUCUAUAAAGGAGUAGGACCUUUUUGAUGUAAAAUGGUCUGCAAAAGAAUAUCAUACCAUGUAUCAUCAGAUGACAACCUAAUCAACAGCUCUGUUUCCUGUCUGUUUUCUACUGGUGGUUGAUCAGAACUGUGGAUAAUAAGUUGGUUUUUUUUAGCAAGCUUCAAAUGUACAGACGUAGUUAUACUGUUCUGGGUUUAAACUACAAACAGAAAUAGUUCAACAUGA